CAAAACCCUAAAAUUUUUCAGCCAAUUAAACUAGCUAUGGAGCAUGCUGAUAACCUACGGAAUAAAUGUGCGGCCUGCUUCAGACAGUUCAACAGAAAGGAGCAUCUUGUUGAUCAUAUGAGAACUUCGUAUCAUUCCGUCCAUGAACCCACCUGUGGAGUUUGUAAGAAACAUUGCCGAUCCUUUGAAUCUCUAAGAGAACAUCUAAUAGGUCCGUUGCCUAAACAAGAAUGCAAGAGCUUGUUCAACAUCCGAGGCUGCAAAUUCUGCCUGGCCAUUCUGGAUAGCCCUUAUGCCCUUAGGGUUCAUCAAGAUAGAUGCCGGCUCCUUGGAGUAAACUAUGGGAUACAGGCUCAUAUGGCUAACUUGGGUCUUCGAGAUAGCUUGACGAUCGACAAUGGUUAUUCACGAGGACCCCAGGUGGUUGCACUCGCAUGCAAAACAGUUGGUGGUGGCAGUGACGGGUCACUGGAUCUUUGUGCAAGGGUUUGCAUCAUUGAUGAAAAUGAGAAUAUAAUCUUCCAUUCUUAUGUGAAACCUCCUAUUCCAGUUACGAACUAUAGGUAUGAAACAACAGGCAUUAGACCUGAACAUUUGAGAGACGCAAUGCCAUUGAGACAAGUUCAAAGAAGGAUUCAAGAUUUCCUUUGCAAUGGAGAACCAAUUUGGAAAAUUCGAUCACCUAAAGGUGGAAAAGCCAGGAUUCUCGUAGGUCAUGGUCUCGAUCAUGACCUAGAUAAAAUGCAACUCGAAUAUCCACCAAUCAUGAUAAGGGAUACUGCAAAAUAUCCUCCUUUAAUGAAAACAAGCAAACUCAGCAACUCACUAAAGUACUUAACUCAAGCAUAUCUGGGAUAUGACAUCCAAACUGGCAUUCAAGAUCCUUAUGAGGACUGUGUUGCAACAAUGAGGCUUUACCUGAGGAUGAGGAGACAAGUUCACAUGAGAGAAGAUUGUCCACUGGCUUACGAUCCUCAAAAUCGGAACAACUUCGCAUCGUGGAGGCAAAGCGAGCUCGAGAGGAUCUCCCCUGAAGAAAUGCUAGCGAUCUCAAGGUCUGAUUACUACUGUUGGUGCUUGGAUUCUGCAUGAAAACUAUGAGAACUGGCAGCAUUCUGAAAGAGAAUACAUGAGAGAGUUUUCAAGUAUUUCAUCCCCCAUAACUUGUACUAGCAAUAAG